CGCUCGCAUCUUGAACUCCAACGAGGGACUUCGAGACAACUUCUCAGGGAACGUAAAUGAAAAGCAGACAUUCGUCGUCUCGACUGUGCCCUGCAAAGAUCUUGAAUUCUUGUAUCUGUAUCAUUAUAAGGAUGUGAACUGCUAGUAUUGAAGUUAACAAUGUUACUUGUUUGUCAAGCAGUAAGUUCGUGUUUCUAAAGGAAACAAUGACAGCAACGGACUAGGAGAAGUCUAUGAUGGGAAGAUGUACGUGUAAAAAGUCAACAUCUUCCCAUAGAGCAAGCCGCUGCGUCACACACACCAAAGAGAAAGCUAUGGUCACACACACUGCAUGAAGAGAGGGAUCCGUGCUGGAAUGUGACUACGGAAUGCCAAUGGAAUCGCAACCCUCCAUGGAGUGACGUAGACUGGCCUGCAUAGCAACAAGUCACGAUCACACCACUGACGAACUUUAAGCUGUACGACGGCAUAGAAGCAGCUAUAAAGAAUCUUGAAAUGAUGUGAAAACAUUUUUCAAGACGUUGACAUUCCCAACGUGCGGACAUCUGGGACUUCUGAUGAGAUUUUAUUUCUUGACACGUCGGUAGAUCUGAAAUCUGAAAUAACUAUGGCAACGGCUUUUGAUGAUGAUAGUUCUUCUAUGAUGGACAUGGAUUUGUGUGCAAACGAAGACGAGGAGAAAACGAUGAAGGAAAUGGAUGACAAAGUUUGUUCUCUUGAAGGAGGUGCGAAAACAGCCGAAGAAACUUCAACCCAGUCUGUGUCUCGUUUCAAUUCACACUGCGAUAGGAGCAGCAUCCCAAGCAUCCUCGUGUCCGGAAUUGAUGAGUCUGAUGACAUGAACACCAAGCGUCCUGAUGAUACUAACACAAUAACUACGUCUGGGGUUGAUGAAACAUGCACGAGCUCUGGGAACGAUCACGACAUCAUUGAAUGGUCAGUUAUCCACCACCCACACUUGGCUGCCGAAUUACUUGCUGUGCUGAGUGCCAUGAGGGAUGCUGGGGAUAUGACGGACGUCAAACUCAAAGCAGGUCCAAGCAUUAGUACCACUGGGACGACAAUUCCAUGCCACAUGGCAGUGGUUUGCGCUGGAAGUCCCCUACUGGCAUCUGCCAUACUUGAAGACUACGGUGACAUCCAUGAGAAUAAACCGAGUUGCAGACAAAUCCUCCACGUGCCGAAAGUGAAACCAGAGUUACUACAGCUGAUCGUUGACUUCAUCUACACGUCCAAACUGCAGAUCACAACACACAACGCCCAGGAGUUACUCCAGUUAUGCUUUAACAAGAUCCCCUUCCUUGGUAAAUCGGUUGGGUUUGCUUGCAGUGAGUUUCUGGUCGGGCAGUUCUCAUCCGAGACCGAGAGUGAGACUUCCUCCACAAGCGCCAUAGCGUCCUCUGGUCUAUCCACGGAAGACGAGACGCAAUCAUGCCAGUCGUCGACGCUCUCAUCGGGCCAGGAAACAUUCUUCCACGAUCACAACUACCCGCUCGAUAUCCUUCACAUGUUAAACGAGCAAAGACACAAAAACAAGUUCACUGAUCUCAUCUUGAAAAUUGAAGGACAACCCUUCCCGUGCCACCGAGCUGUUUUAGUGGCGCUUAGCCCGUAUUUUCGCGCCAUGUUCUCAUCAUCGAUGCGUGAAGUACGAGAAAAGACUGUCACACUGAGUGAUUUGAAAGCUGACAUCGUUUCCCGCCUUCUGGAUUUCAUCUACACGUGCAAACUGCGUAUCAAUGAGGAGACAGCCCAGAUGAUGUUGGAGACCGCCUGUUUUCUUCAGCUCACACCAGCCGUCAGUGCCUGUAGUCAAUUCCUCAAGGAACACAUGGUGACAGAGAACUGUCUUGGGAUCCUCGGCUUCGCCAAGCUCUACAGCUGCUCACAGCUCUACGAAGACGCCAUGGCCUGUGCUCUUCUUAAUUUCAAAGAGGUCAUCACCGACGAGGAGUUCUCAGAAAUCCCCUAUGACAUCCUAGCGGCUUUCAUCAUGGAUGACAGACUAAACGUUAAGACCGAGGAGACCGUCUUCGAGGCGGUCAUGCAGUGGGCGAGAGUCGACAUUGAACACCGGGUAGCCAAGUUGCCUCGCGUCCUAGCCCACGUUCGGCUACCCCUAAUCGACCCAGUAUACUUCAGAGACUUUGUGGAGACGGAACCACUUCUGACGGGGUGUCAACAAUGUUGGGAACUUGUCACCACGGCGAAGAGAUUGAGGGCGCUGUCUGGUAGAGGGCAGCAUAUCAAUGAUCCCAAUUUGAAACUACGCUUUUCUAUGACGACUCAGGUAAUAGUUAUCAUAGGUGGCUACGAUGACAACCAGAAGUGGGUCCGUGACGUCAGAUGUUUCAACCCACGCGAUGAGUCUUGGCACGUCCUGGCGCAGUUCCCCGGUCGCAACCAGCGAUUCGCCACUGCCGCCGUGGACAACGACAUCUACGUGAUCGGUGGCCAGGCUGAUCAUGGCGAUAGCAUGUCCGAGACGUUGUCUGACGUCUGGCGCUACGACUCCAUCACAGACACGUGGAGUAAAGUUGCAGGCAUGAACAAACCACGUCACGGGCAUGGUAUCGCCGUCGUGGACGGGAAGAUCUACGUGGUGGGCGGGAAGGUCGGCUGGGCGAAGAAGUUCAACGACAUCGAGAGGUACGAUCCAGCAUCCAACAUCUGGGCCUGCGUGACGCGGGUCAAGGGAAGCUAUCUAGAGAAACCUGUUGCAACAUCCCAUGAAGGGAAGCUAUACGUCAAUGGGUAUUUCUUUCGGGAUCCGGAUAUCAUUCACUGCUACGAUCCAUAUGAUAACUCAUGGACUCCUAUGUACAGCUUUCAGCGUGUACAUGGUGAUGCAAUCGAGACAGCCGUGGUGCUAGACGAGUACAUCUACUUCUUGGUGUACCGUGGCUACGAUAACUACGUUGUCAUAUUCAACCCGUCGACAUGUGAGAGGGUAAAGGGUGGUUGCAAGAUGCCGGACGGGAAGUAUUUGUACUCGUAUGGAGCAACCGUCUUAGGGGAUAAGAUCUUCGUUGCAGGGGGGAGUAAGCUGGACGCUAGCAUUAAUGUGCCUUACAUACAAUGUUAUGACCCGGCGCUUGAUGUGUGGGGCGUGGUGGCGACGAUGCCACACCCACUUUCUGAACAUGGGUGUGUCACUAUCGAGAAAUACAUGCCGCCUUCAAACUCAACUUAAGACUUUGGCGCCAUCAUGCGGUGAAGUAUUAAAGCGUUUUUUUAUAUAUUAUUUUCUCCCCGAUGUUAGCUCACUGUUAACUUUACUCGAUAUUACAAGGUACUGUUUGUCAGACUACAAACGCCAUAAACGCCAUGAGAAUAAAAUAAAAUAAACACCGUGUUCAAAUUGUAUGGCCAUGCUGCAAAGUUUCUAUAAUAGUGCCUUGUAUAUUCGCUGGAAUGACUUUCUAUAAAGACUGUUGAAGAGUUUCAACAUUAAAGGAUUUAGGUACUUUUUGUAACACAAAACACAAUGUCCACAGAUUUAUAUUAAACUUA